UCUUGUCAGGUGUGAUAAAUAAAAACAGAUGGGAAAUUUUAUUUAAUCAGUAUUAUACUUAAAAUUUACUUUUUUACACACAUCUUAAACUUUUCAUGCAAAUUACUUUAUAAACGAUUAUUAUUUAACUAUCCAGAUGUCCAAUAUUAUUCCACCUUUACUUAGCAACUCACCUCCUCCACCUCCAGAUAUAGAUGAAGAAGAUGAUGAUUUUGGAGAUUUUGCUGCUCCAACUGAUGUAUCAUUUGAUUGUGAUAAUUACUCUUUACCUUCAACACCAACAGAUUUACCAGAUAAACAAUUUGGAAGUUUUGUUCCAAAUGAAAUUUUAGAUAUUAACAGAAAUAGUAAUGAAGAUAUAAACCAUAUUUUUGGAACUGCAGAAUUAGGAUUAUCAAAAGAUUUUUGUGACAAAAGAAAAGAUCAAAAUUCAGCUUCUAAAGAUAUAUAUGAGAAAAAGAGUAAUUCAAAAGAUUAUGAUGAGUGUCAGGUUAAAGUAAAUGAAAGAAGUCGUUUUGAAGAGAGUGCAAAUUUAGGCGAUGAAAAACAUGUCAAUUGUAGAAACAAUGAAAGUGGUUCAUUGAAAAGUGAUACACCUGUUGUCUCUGAUAUCUUAGAAGAUUUUACUACACAAACACACUUUAUAGAAGAUAAUAAACCAAACAGUGUUCAUAUACCUAAUGAAAUCAAUGGAACUAACUGUGAUAUAAAAGAAACCUCUAUGGAUAAAAAUAAAUCUAAAGAUACUAGUAAAGAGAGUGUGAACCUAAUAUACAAAUCAAUACAUAAUGAUUUGACAAAUGGAAGUGUUGUUUCAAAUAGUAGCUCUACCAACAACAAAGAUUUAAAUAAUGAGUGUAUUAAAUAUAUCACAAACUCUUUUAUAGAGUGUGAAAGUCAUAUUAGAAAUACAGAUGUAGAUAUCAAUUUUAAAAAUGUACCAAUGACAACUAUAUCAAAUGAUGUUACUGAAACAAGUAGCGAAUUAAAUGAUUCCUUUAAUAAAAACAAAACUAUGAAUACAUUACAAAACACAUUUCUUACAACAGAAGUAACAAUUGAUCGUGAUGUUGAUAUAAAUAAAGAAAAAGAACAAGCCAAGACUAAUUAUCAAGCAGUUAUUAACACUGAAGAAGAUAAGUUUAAAAUUGAUAGUGGUUUUGACAGUUUUGAAACAGGAGUCCAAUAUACAACGGAAGAAAAAACUAUAAAAGAUAUUGACAGUGAUGAUUUUGUCUCUGUGAAUAAAACCUCUAAAGAGAAAAGUGAUGCUAAUAGUGAACCUAUAUUAUUCGAAGUUGGUUCAAAUAAAACUGACAGAGAGGACUCAGAUGAUGAGUUUUCUGAAUUUAAAUGCAGUAAUAAUAGUAACUUCACGUCAUUUGUUGUUGGUUUAAAUAAAAUUCAGGAUAACUCAGAUAAUGAGUUUGCAAAUUUUAAAUAUGGUAGUCAUAAUGCUGAGCACAAAUCUUUUGAAUAUAAUUCAAAUAAAGUUCAAAUGGUUCAGUCAGAUGACAAAUUUGCAAGUUUUAAAACUGGCACUUACAACAGUGAUCACACAUUGUUUGAAGAUAGUUCAGAUAAAGACCAGAAGGAUAAGUCAGAUGAUGAGUUUGCAGAUUUUAAAUGUAGUCAUAAUAUUAGUCAAACCUUUGAAGAUAAUUCGAAUACAUUUCAAAAGGGUGUGUCAGAUAUUGAGUUUGCAGAUUUUAAAUGCAGGAACCAUAAUAGUGAGCACACAUCAAUCAUAGUUAGUUCGAAUAAGACUCAGAAGGAUGAGUUAGGUAAUGAGUUUGUAGAUUUCCAGUGUAGUAGUAACAAUAGUGAGCAGCGCACAUCAUUUGAUGUUGAUUCAAGUAAUGUAUCUACUACAAAUGAAGAUGAUGAUUUCGGUGAAUUUGCAAGUACAUCAAAUUCUGAAAAUGAUAGUAUUCAGAUUGGUAUUUCUACAAAACUGCUAUUAAACGAGAAGGAAGCAUUUGAUAAAUCAGUAGAAAUACUUAAAAAAAUGUUUCCUGUAGAAGAUGUAGCUGCAAAUAAUUUUCAAAAUAAUGAUUUUACUGAAAAUGACAAAAUUUUUAACAAAAUUAAAAAUGUGACAGAAACUCAUGCUUUGUCAUUCCACUGGCCUAAAUCAGCAAGUCAAAAUUUAUUAUUGAAAGCAUUAAAUAUUGACUCUAGAAAUAUAUUAUUUGGAUCAGGUUGGAAUUCUACAAUGCCAAGAUUUGCUGCUAAUUUAAGUUUGACUCCUCUAGAACCAAUAAAGUCUGAAUCAGUCCUGCAUGUAUCAACUAGUGCAGCUGAAUUGGAACCACAGAGCGCUGUUCAAUUUGCAGUAAAUAGUGAGAUAAAUUUUGGAAAUUUGGCAGAGGCAGAGCAGUUUCAUUCUUUAUCAUCAAAGGAUACUGACAAGUCACUACAAAAUGUCAAAGGUGCCGAUGCUACUUUGAAGAUUGAAUCUGAAUCUGAAUGUGGAAUAAAUAAAAAUAAUACUGAACAGAAAAGUACACCGAUUAUACACCAAGAAGAUUUUGACGAUUUUGUGUCAUACUCUGAAGUUCCGUCCUCGGGUCAUAACGUUCUGUUACGAGAAACUCACAUAUCUAGCAAAGAUUCUAGUAAAUCUGAAGAUGAUAUUGUCAGUUGGCUUGAGCCUACAAUUGUUACUCCAGAACUUUCACGACGAGAGCGUCAGUACGUGGAACCAGAUGAAGAGUUUGAUGAUUUCCAAAUGACUGUUCCAGAUGACCAAACACCGAAAAUAUUAGAUUCUUCUUCAGCAUUAACUGUAAAGCCUUUAGAAAAUGCAGUAGGGCAGAAACCAAUAUCUUAUAUUGAGAAAAAUGCGACUCACACCUUUAUAAAAUCAGAAUUAAAUAAACCAAAAGAAAAUGAUGAUGAGUUUGGUGACUUCACGUUUUCUUUACCUAAAGAAAAAUCUACAUUAUCUGUGCCUUUUGAAAACUCUAAAUUGGGAAAUUCUAGUGGCGUUGUAGAGAGUAUACCUACUCCAGCUUUAGAACCUCUUAAACCAAGUAUCGUGUACGCACCAACAACAUCCAAGGAAAUAAGUUGGCCAGAUCCAGGAAUAUCCGAGGAAGAAAUAAAACGUUUUGAAUCUUUAUCCUAUUCGCGGGUUAGUGACGAUAAUUUGAAGGACAAACAUAAAGACCCUGGUAUUACCGUCAAGAACAAUAUUGAAAGAAAAACAUCUCCUGUAGUUGAUUCUAGUGAAACGUUAAGAGGACAAAAUGUAUCAAGUCAAAAAUUAAAACAGAGAACGGUGGAUGACGAUGAAUGGUCAGAUUUUGUAUCAGUACAGUCAUCACCUCUCCAUAAGAUAAAAUCAGAAAAAGAGAGAAGUUCUACACCAGAUUUGCCAUUAUCUGUAUUAAAUUUGGGCAAUAUACAACCGACCAAACAACCAAUUCCAGUUAUCACCCCCAAUGGUUUAGUUCAAACCAAACUGGCAUCCAACGUGUCGCUGAAUUUCCCGAUAAUGCAAAAUAAUCGAAUGUAUCCUCAAACUCAAGGUCAAAGUAGUUCCAGUUAUCAACCGUCGAUAAUAAGUAACCAGUUUGCCAGUCAAGCUUUUGGCGGUUUUGGUAACUACCAAGCUAAUACGUCGACGAAAUCUCAGCUACCUGAAAACGCAGAUGAUGAUGAAUGGAGUGAUUUCGUAUCACACGAGGCUUCAAGUCAGAAACCUUCUCAUCCAAAAGGAAGUUGGUCCAAUCAACCUAAUCAGUUUUCUAGUUGGAUGAGCGCCACGCCAAACAUUAUUACCAAUCCAACUGCCAAUUUGGAAGUGAUAAGUUCUAGUGAUCUAGAAAGACAAAAACAGCAUAAAAGGGGUCCCAAUACAAGUACACAAAGUAAAAAAAAUAGUGUUCCGAACAUGGCAUUACCCGAUUUAGACUUUUUUUCGCCGAGAAAUAGGACUAAUCGAAAAUGACUAAAGGAGCAAGUUAUGUUGUAAUAUGUUGUACUUAAAAAGUGGCCUCUUAUUUGGUCGAUGUAGAUCUAAAAUGCACAAAGUGAUCACGAUAAAAUUUAUUUAUUUUCUUUUAAAAUAUAAAAUCAGUUACAGAAUAAAUUGAUUUUGUGAGUUCUCUAAACGUUUUAAAAUUGGGAGGUUUAAAAUCGAAUCAGUCGUAAGAAGGUAGGAAAUAAAACAUUAUUACAGAAAAUUACAUUGUUACGUUCUCUCAGCUCUCAGCUGCAAAAAGAAAUAAAUAUAGCAGUGAGUAAAAUUAUAUACGGUGAUGUCAAAAAUAUAUUCUUUGGACAAUUAGUGUAUAGGUAAAAACAAUGGUGGUGUAAAAAGACAGAGACGAAAUUAUAGUAAUAAUUCCAAUGAUGUUAAUUUAUGAGGUAUGAUCGAUAAAACGGCAUCAAUUAGGUUUGUAAAUGACGAUGAAUCAUUUUCUCUAUUUAUAAUUUUAUAUAUAAAAUGACGGCGAUCUUCGUUUCCAAGUCAACCCUGAUGCCGUUUCUUUAUCGUAUCCUACUUUAUUUUAUUCGCUAUAAAUAUUAUUAAGGUAUCUGUGAUUGAAAUUUGUUUGUUUUUAUUUAUUUUGCGAUUUAAUUUUGUUUCAAUGUUAUUUUAAUCAAGAUAUAUUGCUGCAAAGGCUGUAGAUUCGAACAAGUUGAAUAAACAAUAACAAUUAUUACUUAAUAUUUAAUAGUAUUCAUUGUAUGUUAUUCUAUUAAGCUAUUUAAGUUGGUUUAUCAAUUUCGUAGGAUAUAUAAAAGUAUUAAUUUUACGUACUUUAAUAUGGACUAGAUAUAUUUAAUUAAUAUUUUCCAGUCAUUCACAAUGAUGUGAUUGAGAUUAAUAUCUGCGUACUUUUGUAAAAAUUGUAAAAAUGUAUUAAAACAAUAAUUUAUUUUUGAAAAGUGAUAUUAUUUUAUUUGUCCAUGAAAAUGUUUUUGGGGGAUAUAUAAGAAGGGUUUUAUAAACGUAUUAUUUAUCUCUACUUACUAUAAGAUUUACUUUUAAUACAGUAUUAGAUAACUUUAGUGGGAUUACUUUUUUUUCUGAAUAUUUAUAGAGAAAAAAAUAAAAAAAUUUGAAAACCGUUUUUCUCUAUUAUGAGGGUGGUGGCUGAUAAUUAUGUUAAAUCAAUUACCUAUAUUUUUUAAUUUUGAUUUGGCUGACAGUGUUUAAUAAAGUUGCAUUAGAGCAUCGUUGAUUGAAAGAAUUGGGAUGAUACGCAAUCUAAUGGGCAAAUUCGUGACAAGGCUGAUUUGAUUUCUUCUUACGUCUCAAAUGUCGUACGGUGGAGACACCAAUCGUUCUGCGGUCAACGCAUAAAACACUUAUUUUCUCUAAUUCGGCCAGCGAAGGCAUAUCGAAGACGGUGUGGAUCUGAGCGACAGUGUUGCCAUAUUAAAAUGUGUAAUAUCUGUAAUAAACUUGACGAAAAUAUCAUUGGAUGGAAAAUCCGCGUUUAUGUAUUGAAAAUUUAUUCGUGUUAAACAACAAAAAUAAAAAUUCAUUAUAAGUACUGAAUAUUUCGUACGAUCGAAAAAAAGUGAUUUAGUUGGCUUGA